AGUUAAUUGAGCUCGAUCACAUCCUUCUGCUUGCCGAAACGGCUCUCGUCUCCAAAAACCCUAAAAACCCUCGUCCCUCAUAUCUCUCCCCAACGUCACUGCCGAAGCCAAAAUGGCUAUCGUCUCCUCCACCCUCCGCCAGCGGUCCCUUCUUCUCCUCCGCCCCUUCUCCACCACCACCACCACCACCACACCCUCCUCCCCCACUCCCAUCUCCGUCUCUGUCGCCAAGUCCCGCCUCCGCAAGGAGUUCGAUCCCGACCGCGCCGUUUCCAUCCUAUCCUCCGUCGCCGAACCCUCUGCCUCCCCUGUCUCCGCUCGCUUCGCCGUAGACCUCGCCGUCCGCCGCCUCGCCCGCGCCCGCCGCUUCGCCGAUGUCGAGACCCUCCUCGAGUCCCGCAAGUCCGGCCCCCACGCGGCCAACGAGCCCUUCCUUGCCACCGUCAUUCUCUCCUACGGCGCUGCUGGCAUGAUAGACCACGCCACCCGCACCUUCGACGAUGUGCCCCGCCUCACCGCCGCCCCCCACUCCCCGGUCUCCUUCAACGCCCUCCUCUCCGCCUGCAUUCGAUCCAAGCACCCUCGUCGCGUCCCGCGUCUCUUCGCUGAGCUCUCCAAGAAGCACGGCAUCGCCCCCGACGCCGUCUCCUACGGCAUCUUUAUCAAGGCCCUAUGCCUCUCCGGUAAGUCCGGCAAGGCCUUCGAAAUCCUCAAGGAGAUGGUGGAGGAGAAGAAGCUCGAGCCAACCACUGUGAUCUAUACCACUCUUCUUGAUUCACUUUACAAGGAAGGGAAGCCGGAGGCAGCCGAGGAGCUGUGGAAGGAAAUGGUGGGCAGGGGAUGCUCUCCUGAUUUGACUGCUUAUAAUGUUAGAGUCAUGUAUCGAGCAGUGAAUGGGAAGCCAGGGGAAGUUCUUGAGCUGAUUCAGGAGAUGGAGUCCGCUGGAGUGAAGCCAAACACCAUCACGCAUAAUUAUCUCAUUACUUGCUAUUCUGGUGAUGGGCAGCUUGAGGAAGCUAAGAAGGUUUUCAAGGGUCUCAGGAAGAAUGGUUGUGUUCCAAAUGCCACGACUUUUAGGAUUUUGUUGGCUCAAUUAUGUGAUAAUGGGGAUUUUGAGGCAGGCCUGGAGGUUUUCAAGGAUAGCAUGAAGCAUAAUAAGGUUCCAGAUUUCCGGACAGUGAGGCUUUUGGUGGAGGGUUUGGCGAAAGGGUCGAAGGUUGAAGAGGCAAAGAUGGUGAUUAAUGGGGUGAGGAAGAGGUUCCCGGAGCAUUUAGUGGGUGGAUGGACAAAGGUCGAGAAGUUGCUCGGUUUGAGUCAAGAUGGACAAGCAUCCGAGCAAGUAGAAGCUGCUUAGCAAAUUCAAAAUUGCAGGUUAUGCUGCCACUUCCCUACCUUUACUAGGUUCUCAAUGGAGAUGGAGAGAAGAAAGCAAGCUAAGCGGUCUUGAUGAUGGCGAGAUGAGAGCAAGACAAACAAGGGUUAAUACCGGUGAUGAUAAUGCAGAUUUGAGGUUGUGUAAUAUGGAGACAUUAUGGGAGAGAAAUGUGCAAGGUAUUGGAUGUAUAUGCAAAGAUGUUUCAAGAUAUUUAUCACUUCGCUCAUGACUCAGCCACCGGUCUAAUUUGGUCUGGUUCAGUGGUCAUAACAUUGUUCUUAAUCAACAAUCAAUGUGAGAGAUGAAGGAAGCGUCCAUCAAAAUCUUUACUUAUC